ACGCAACAUUAUUGACAGGCGACGCUAAUUAGCACCAUGUACGUCAUCAAACUGUGUGCUCUUUGUGACGUCAUGUAGCAACAGCGCACAAGCCACCCGCAGAGUAACCACGGCGAAAGUUAGUACCAGACCAGUUGUGCAGUUGAGUAUCCAGUAUGGGCAAGAAAGUGAAGAAAGAAGUAGAGCCGCCACCCAAGGAUGUGUUUGACCCUGUGGGAGUGGAGAGUAAGAAGGCCCAGACAGUAGUCCUGAUGCUCAGCAGUCCUGAGGAAGAGGUCUUGACUAAGGCAUGUGAGGCAGUCUACAAGUUUUCAGAGAAAUGUGAAGAGAACAGGAGCACGAUGUUAGAACUGGGCGCAGUGGAACCACUUUUCCGUCUCCUUGGCAACGAGGACAAAAUGGUCAGGAGAAAUGCCUGUAUGGCCUUUGGGGUGCUAGCUGAGCAUGCUGAAGUACGAAAAGUGAUGCGUAAGAUAGAAUGUAUUCCUGCAGUCCUGGCUCUUCUUGCACCUGAAGAGGACACCAUAUGCCAUGAGUUUGCAUCCCUGUGUAUCUCCAACAUGGCGCAAGAGUUCACCAACAAGGUCAUCAUCUUUGAGCAGAGCGGAUUGGACUCCCUGAUCCGCCUCAUGGCCUCGCCUGACCCCGACGUCCAGAAGAACUCCACAGAAGCCGUAUGUAGGCUGGUAGAUGAUUUCCACAGUCGUGCUGCUAUCCGUGAACUUGGAGGUGUCCCUCCACUGCUGGACCUCCUGAAGUCAGAGUACCCUGCCAUUCAACUUGUGGCCCUGGAUACUCUUACCAAGAUCACACUAGAUGCUGAAACCAGAGCGGCUCUCCGGGAAGCAGAGGGGCUGGAAAGGUUGAUAGAGUUUCUUGGAACAAAGGAGUAUGAUGACCUCCAUGUGAAUGCUCUACAUGUCCUCUCCAACUGCCUGGAGGAUGCAGAGUCCAUACUGGAGCUUCAGGGUACCGGGGGUUUGCAAAGACUCAUGCAGUUCACUUCAGAAACAACCAUUCCAGAUGUCCAACAGUACGCAGCAAAGUCUAUCUCCAAAGCAACAAAAUAUGCUGAAAACUGGAAGAUGUUUCAUGAGAAUGAAGUGGAGAAAGCGCUGGUAACACUGUUGGGAGCGGACAGUGCAUCUGUGCAAGUAGCUGCUGCCCAAGCCAUCUCUGCCAUCUCCGAGCACACUGGGAGCAAAGAUGCUUUCUGUAAAGUCGAAGAGGCAAAGGGAAUGGAGUUGUUGGUGAAACUCCUGGGGAGUGAGAACAGUGAUGUGAAAGAGGCGGCAGCUCUGGCCGUGUCCAACCUGACCACUACACAUCCCAGCAACUGUUUAGAGGUUGUGGAGCACAGCGGUAUCGAGCCACUGGUUCACCUGCUAGCAGAACAGAAGGAUGGGGCAGUGGCGAAUGCAGCAGUGGCCCUGGCCAACCUCGCAGGAGAUGAGAUCAUCAGAAUGGAGGUGGUGAGGAUGGGUGUGGUGCCUGCACUCAUCCAGCCACUCAAGUCCAGUAACAGCCUGGUCGUCAGUAAAGCCUGCCUCGCUCUGGCUGCCUUCAUGUGUGAUUCAGAUGCAAGGUCAGAGCUGCGAUCUAAUGGAGGACUGGACAUCCUUAUAAAGCACCUGAACUCAGACAACGACGACGUACGGCGUGGCGCAGCCUGGGGCGUGCUCGUGUGCGGAGGGGAUCCGCCAACUGCCACGGACAUCUGCAAGCUGGGGGGACUGGAAAUUCUGCAGGAAAUCAACCAGUCCGUGUCCAGACAAAACAAGUUCACUCAGGCAGCCAUGGACAAACUCCUGGACUCCAACCUUCCUGCCAAGUUUGCCCUGACCGGCUAUUUGGGACCAGACAACGCAAUCACAGACGGCUUCUUUGAUGCUGGCCCAUUGAGGCCAGACUCUCGCUUCAUGUCGCUGGAUGAGCUGAACACUCGGGAGGUUAAUGAGAAGAGACCCAUCCUGCUGGUUAACGUCCAGCCUCAGGAACAGCAGUCCCCACAGCCCCCCGAGGUCGAGAGUAAGACAGAGACUAAAGCAGCCAACCAGAAACCUUCCAAGAAAGAACUAGCAAAAGGAAAAAGCAAGGCGUCCAAAGAGAAGGAGGAAAAACAGAAGGAGGAGGAGAUGCAACUUCUGCAGCUUAUUUUACAGCAACAAGAAGGUGAGGGAGGGUCAUACCACCCCCCUAUGGACCAUGCCCUAUACGAAUAUAUCGGAGAAGUCUCCAACAAGAUACGGCCCAUGGCUACCACCAGAGAGCAGGUCGUUGCACUCGCAAGGUUUGUAGCCUACAAGAUGGGAGGGCCUGUCGAGCGAGGCAAGCUUUCCACCUUCAGCUACGAGCUGCCCAUCAGUCAAAUCAAGUACGAGCUGAAGUCCAACAUCUUACCAAUCGGACGGGUCAAGACUGGCAUUCACUAUCAUAGGGCCUUACUCUUCAAGGCACUCGCAGAUCGGAUCGCUGUACCAUGUUCUCUAGUACGAGGGGAAUACAACAGAGCUUGGAAUGAAGUUGUGCUGAACGUGGAUGACACUGCCAAUGGUGCGAAGUAUCCUCCAAAGUUAUACGUGGUUGACUUGAUGCACAUCCCAGGGCGACUGAUGGAGGGGGAUUCCUCUGAAGCUGUCCAGUACAAGAAAUUAUAGAUCAGCCACAGCUAUAGCUCAAAACUUUUUUCCAUCCCACCCAUAAUUGGGAGCCAUAUUGUUAAUUUUUGUUGUUAAAUCUCUCAUUUUUAGCU